AAAACGAUAUAAAAAAGAAUUGCCUGAUAUAAUGAAUUCUGUUGACACGGGUGUUCCAGAGAAUACUUUCUCUUCUCAGGAACACAAUUCAAUUUUAACUGACGCUGAAGCUGAUAAAUUCGAUAGUGAAGCUGAUAAAAUAAACGGAGAAAUAGUUAAAAAACCAGAAGUUCAUGAAGAAGCUGAUGAAGUAAUCGAUGAAGAAGCUAAAAUAGAAACAUUAACAGAUGAGCUCACUUGUCCAAAUUACAACCAUAUAGAGAAUGCCCGUUUCCGGCACCAAACUAAAGAACGAUUACUCGAUAUUGCACAUCAGCAAGAAAAAGUAAAUAAAGAAUGGUUGGCUACUGAAUAUGGUUUGACAAUAUCUCCUGGACCUUUUAAUAGUCUUAUGUGGGAUCAGCAUAUACAAAUCCCACAGGACAUCUAUCAUUCGAUGGGAGGCAAAGCUCGGACAUUACUGGAUGCUACGUUUAAUAUACUUAAUACUAUCGGUGAGGAUUCCUUCCUAAAAAGCUGGAAAGCCAUCGAAAAACCUCUUACUGGAGCAGAAUGCCUAACCCGUUAA